AUGAAAAGAGCCAGUGCAAAUAGCUUUGUUUCCAGGCAGCCUAAUGAUUGUUUUGAAUUGGCUGAGAACUCUAGAUCUGUCUCUGUAGGCAGGAGGCACAUUGGGGUGAAUAAUGAACAUUCUCCACCUCCACCAUUAGCCGGAGGGGGAGCCGAGAGUAGGCAAUCACGAAGUCGAGAUGGAGUAUUCAACCGCUUACGAAGGACACUUUCAAUCUCGCGACGGUCACCACAAUCUUUAUCAGCUGUUGUUCCUUUCAACAGUGGAUCCGAAGAAGAAGUAGGGGAGAACGGCCACAUAUCAGUAGUACAGAAGACACGAGCGCCACAUUAUCGAUGUGUUCCUCUCCCUCCUGGCUUCAUACCAUCGGAUUUGCUUAUGAGUUUGGACCAUCAAGAUCAGUCCGGUCACACCACUGAAACCGGAAAUGCAGUCGCUACCAUCAAAUUGGAGAAAGUAGGGAAUAAAAGUCCAACAGCGGCUGCUGAAGAUGGUGUGAAUAGUGCCACGAACAUUUCGAGUGGUCAGCACAAAGUGAAGAAGGGCAUACCCCGACGCGUUUUGUAUAAUAACUGGGUCGAUCCAAAAUUUUAACAUUCAGUUCAGCGAGUUUUAAACCGUUGUCGGUUGCUGUAAAGAAUUAUACUUAUUUAUUUAACCACUGGAAACAAUCAGUUAGAAAUACGAGACAAUUAAUAUAAAAUAUAUAUUGAUUUAAGUCGCAAAACUCAACUGGUUUACAAACGGGGAAUUCAUACUAUUAAUAAAUGUCAAUUCUCGCGAAGAAGUCAUAAUCAUUUUUUGCCCGUUUUUCCAUUUAUUAGUAUAUUUCGUAAUUAUAUAUAAAUUUGUUUUUCGUUUAACUAUCGCUUGUAACGUUUUUUGGUCACUGAAAGAUUUUUUAUUGGUAUUAGUAAAGUUAUUUUAAAACUUUGCAAACAUCUGAUGACCUCUGGUUUACAUGAUUGCCAUAAGCGGGCCUAAAGAAAAAAGGUGAGCUUUCAUCAAUGCUUACUUGCGGAUUAUUAUCUCUUUUGGAAACUUGAGAUAAGCGUGAAGUUUUGGAGGUUUACAAGCUUGCUUUAGAAAGAUGUAGUUAUAUGCACAGAAAACAUCUUGCUAAGGACCCUCAGCAUCUAAAGCUGCUGGGCAUAGGGUGAGUCAUGCAUGGUUCACAUGUUCGAUGCAAUAGGCCACUUUGACGAUGACGCCCAGUCAGUUAACUACACAACUGCCAGAAUUCAUUAAAUGAAGGAUGAAAAUCGCAGUUAUAUACGCAUCUUUUGCAACUGGGAAAAGAAAGCCUGAAAAAAAUUCAGGCUUGUACGGGACUCGAACCCUUAACCUCUGCCAUACCAGAGCAGCGCUCUACUAAUUAAGCUAACAAGCCAACUGGGGGCAGGUCGUUGAAUUGGCUCGUUAUAAACCCGUGACAGGAUGAUGAUGAUGAAGUUUUGAAUAUAUGAAUAUCACAUAUGUGAACUGCGGAGUGAAGAAUUAAAGGAAGGAUGAUCAAUUCAACGAUCUGCUGUGUCGAUCAACAUCGGGUUAGGAGAGAGGUAGGUGGGGAGUGUCCCAGAAUCUUGUACUGUUUAAGACACACCUUUGGCUCUUAAGUGUUUUCACGAAAUCCUCAAAUAAAACCUCUUCAGUAGUAUUUUCCCAUGGUGCUAGUUUAGUUUAGUUUUUUUUCGUGUUCUUGGCCCAGGAAUAAUAAAGACUGGGAUUUUGCUGUUAAGAGACCCAGGGAUGGGGUACCUGACCGAAGUUUAGGUAUGGCGUUUCUGCUGCGGAUUUCAACCUUGAAAUUGGUGAGGACCGAAAAACCCUAAGAUAACUACCCUGUGGGCAGGACAAGAACUUAAUUUUUUUAUCCAGCGACAUUUCUCGUAUUCGCCCAAUGAGGAGGUGCCCAUUAAACUGAAAAUUUCCUCUUGGCUGAAAAUGUCGCAUUUAUUGUUUAUGUCCAGUGGACAGCCAAGAAAUGUACCAAAACGUGUGAUGCACGUGAAAAGUUGUUGUUUUGGUCGUCAGAUUUGACAGAAUGAUUUUUCAGUCUGAGUCGUGUCGUUGCCGUCCCUGUCUUGAGUUUUGUAAACACCUUAUCUGUUUGGUUAAUCUUCCUGAAAUUCUGGCUAUAUCGAAUUAAAAAAGGGUUUAACAUGCAGUUCACAAAACUUUACGUCCACGUGCAAUGCUUGUUUUUUGAUUGGUCAACAAAAAAUAGACGAUACCUAGUUAGGAAAAUCUUCGCUUCCAAUAUUGACUCGCACUAAAAAUGCAAAGCACACGGCUCGUUGACAGCGAGAACUUAGUCAUACGGAGAAAAGAAAGUUUAUUAAACGGAACGAAAUGAGACCGUCCUGCUCUGGUAUGCUCAUUGUUACGUUAACGCUGUUGUAUCACACUCAGUACUUUCACCUAGGCUUUGGUAGAUUGUGCUAGCAUAAUUUUAAGCAUAAUUCAGCAAAACGAGCAUUAUUUUAAGCUUUUAUUUCAGUUUAGCACUGUUGGUAUAAUCCGAGCUUUUCUGCGUUGAAAACAAAAAAACCCAUCAUAGCUCUAGCAUAAUUCAGUUUGUAUUUUAUUUCUGUAUCGUUUUUGGAAAAUAUUGAGGUCUGUGCUAAGGCCCAUAGUCAAAUAUGGUCCGGCAGGCGGCAGAGGUCAGCCUGUGCAUAAGACUGAGACUCAGGCCACCACGCUUAUGGCUCGGCGGCUCGGCCCCUCAGAUGGCGUCGUCCUCGAGUACAUCUACUUCCACCACUUCCAGCGCCGUACUGAGAGAACGUGUUCCUAAAAGUAAUACCAGAAAGUAGAAGGAAAGAGGUAACUCAGAUCCAAAGAACAUGAGUCCUCGUGAUCGAAUGGAAGAAUUAAUUCCCCGGGGAAAAUUUGUGUCUUCGAGGAGGAAAACUGUUUUGCAAUGGAUGUAAGGAGAUAUUGAGCUCAAAAAGAGCAUUCUCAAAAACCACUUGGCUUCAAAAAACAUGCCGCAGGCAAAAAGAAGUUAAAAGUCACAAAAAAGCAAGAUCAUGUGCGCACAUGCGUAUUUGCCAUGCUAAAGACUGUAAGACUGAAAGGUGGGCUAUAUGAAUGUUCAUUAAAGUCAAAAUUGAUAGAGUCAAGCUACUGAUGAUCUUUAUUUUCCUUAAAAUCAGUGUAAAAUCUAAGUAGCAUAGUUUCGGUGACAGAGAGCAUAAUUUUCAGAGAGUAGCAUAAUUUUGGCAUAAUUUCUAAAAAAUAUGAGCACUGCUAAAAGCAUAAUAUGCUUUUUUUUCGAGCACAAUCUACCAAAGCCUACUUUCACCUUUGAGGCUUCUUAUAUUAAUAAUGAUUUUGAAAACCUUGGGUAAAGUUUUACGUUGAGCUGCAUCAAAAAACCGCAAACUCCUGUACUAAAAUGGGAAGUCUUUAUCUUUAUCAUUUUGCCAAGCAAGCAUUUGUCAAGUUUCGUUUACAAAGCAUACACAGGAGCAAAAUGUCACGAUUUGGCAAGUUUUUCCUUUCCUACCAAAUAAAUUAGCCAAUUUUUCGCCUUACGUGGUUUACUCCCCCAAGACCUUUUUAAAGAAUUUAUUUGAAAUGUUAGUUAAUUAACCUUACAAGUCCCAAAUGGCUUGCCCAAAGGUGUUUGUGGUAAACAAUCCUUGUUCUUGCUACAUAGGCACGUGCAGUAAGAAAAUCCAAUCAGAAAUUAUUAUUCAACUCAAACAUGACGUUGCUCCGCGCCACAUUCAAAAAUUGGAAACUUCAGUUGUGAGAGCUGGCGAAGGUUGGUCACGAAGGAGAAACGGGCAAGAACCUCUCGUCUCGCCUAGCUGUCUUUCUCAGCUUCUCAGAGAAAGCUAACUAUGAACGAAGAAGUCUGGGAUGUUAAAACCAGCAAACGAGGUGAAUUAUACUUGUUAAAUUUAUCGUCUGUAUGGUUGAAAUUUGUGUUCCGACGAGUCCACCUUAAAAAAUUAAGUUAUUUGUUGUCGAAUGGUCGCGUUUUAAACUAGUUUGUUCUCAGAGGAGAAAUAGCGAGUAGACACGAAGCCAGUUCUCCACACUCAGCAAAAUUUAUUUAUAGUUUAUAACUUUGAUAGCCCUGUGUAGUUCGUACAUGGUCGAACACAUGGCCGUCUUAAAUACAAGCGAAGCCCAGUGGAGUCUUAGAUAAAGAAAGUAAUCUAACAAAUCAUAUUUCGCUCUUCAUCCAAAUUCAUAUUGGUGACACAGACAGUAAUUCACCAUAAAAGACGACAAAUUUGAUUCAUUUUUUUUCCCCAGUAUUCAACAUGACAGCGAGAUUUUGAUGAAGUUUAAUAACCUCGCCGGAAACUGGCCACCGUUCCUACUUUAAAUGAUAUUGAACAAUAAAAGCUCUAACGGAAAGCCUCAAAGUUUGUAGAAGGUUUUUUUAAAGUUUUUUUUUUCGCAAAAUUUUAUACAAGCAUUUAUACUCAAAAGAAUAAAGAAAAAGUACCUUGCAUUAACGUGGUAUGAAAACGUGACUUGGUACUUUUGGUUACCAACGUGUUUAGUUGGGCAAUUUCGAGCAACUCUUUUUGUAAACUCGCUACUUGAGCUUCCUCGUGCGCAACUACUAAAAUCAGGUUUGAAUAUGUGAUAUUUAUUUAGGUCUUGCUCUGUCUUGCGUUCGUUUUUUACAUUCAAAUAGGGUCGUGUGAAAAAACGAACCGUAGUUAAAUGAGUGAAUCGUCGAAACAAGAUAUACAUGCAGUUUGUAGUUUAAACAGUUACAUACGAUUAACAAUUAGACAAUUGACGAUCAAAUCGAUUGGAAUCAAGAAUGACUUUUAAUUUGCAAUGAAGUUGUAAAAUAGUCAUCAGUUUUUGCGCAAGUCAGAUACUUUUUAUUAUAUUUGGCCAGUUUUUGGCUUAAUUGCCCUGAUAAAAACAGACCUCUUAUGUCACUACAUCACACGCGAUCUGUCGCGCGAAUAUAUUGCGGCCUAGCCUUGAUUGUUACCAUGGUGAUGAACAUUACAAUUUUCGAUUCAUACUACAAAUGGAAAAGAUUCAUAAAGAUCGUCAGCACAGUCCUGUAUUAUAUAGUUUUGAUUGAGUCUUUGCAAACCAUUUCAGGGCAUGAGAGUUUUCAAUUGCAGCUGAAUUUGAAAAAUGAAGUAUUUCCGUAUUUUUUCUCCGUUUCAGUCUCCUUACGUAACUCUCUGACACGUUACAAGCCUUUUCAUUACUAUUUCCCCAGCUUCUCGUCUUUUUAAUUUUUAGCCGUCAGACGAGACCAUCUUUCUCAGGCAGACCUCCAGAUUAGACCAUAAACCAGACCACCACAGCGGCCCAUAUGAUCCGCCCCAGAUCAGACUACCACACCAGACAAUCAGAGGAGUCUCACAUCCAGACCAUCUUCAGACCAGAGCACCAAAAUCAGCCAAUCAGAUCAGACAACCACCGCCACACCAGACCACCAGAUCAGCCCAACAGACUACCAUC